AGUUCCUUCGCCAGCCUUUGUGCGAAAGCUUAGUUAUUCAUGACUUGUUCAUGCGUAUUAAGUGUGCAGCUAUGUGCCUGUGAGUGGGUAUGCAUACACGGCUCUCAGCGCCCGUUUGUGUUGUUCCAUGAUAGAGACAGACAAGUGCAACAGAUGUGGAUGCUUGGACACGUGACGACAAGAGCUCCGGCGGACUAUUGUCGAUGGUCUGGAACGAAUUCGCAUUCAAUAUGAAUGACAGCUCUUCGAGUGGGAAAGUGGAAAGGGGCUGAAAUAAGAUUUAUAUUCAUUCUGAAUUUUACGGUUUAAUGAGCGAAACCUCUUAAUUCACAGUGCCGUUAUGUUUAUUAAGUUCAUUCAGACCGGUCCCUCCGUGCUACUUGGUCCCUCCCCUACGAGAACCUCUUUGUCGCAAGAGAAGCUUUCAGUCCUUUUUUCCACAAGCAUCAAAUGAAGUGCCUACGGAAAGCUGGGGGCUUGGCUGUGAUUUCUCCCCACAUCUUUGAUGCAAAGGCUAUGAAGAGAAGCGGACUUUCACAUAUUGACAAGAAGAUUGUGGAAUAAAAAAGUGUCUUUCAGAAACGGGACUGUAGUUCAAUAAACAAACACAACUUUGCGGACUUGUCAUAUCCACCUAUCGAAUGCUAGCAGACUGUCUCACAGCUGUGCAAUGGGCCUCGCACCCCUGUGUCUCCUGCUGUCACUAACGGUGCUGGGCGUGGCUGUGGGAGCGGUCGCGGAGGAUGAUGAGUACACCUGGCCACAGAGGAAGGUCCCGUUGGUGCGGGACAAGCGCACGGUGCGCCUGAGCAGCCCCGGCUUCACAGCCGAGACCCAGCGAGAGCUUCGGGGCACCUGCGGGAUCGAAUGCCAGAGCAGGCUGCCCCGCCCCAGCGUGGCCGACCUGGAGAACCUGCUGUCCUACGAGACGGUGUACGAGAACGGAACGCGCACGCUCACCGAGGUCUCCCUGCGAGACGUGGAGGAGGCGGCGGUGGCGCAGAACUCCUCGGCCCGCCUCCUCCGCCGACACAGGAGGGAGGUGUACGGCACGGACAGCCGCUUCACCAUUGCCGACAAGCACUUCUCCACCAACUACCCCUUCUCCACCACCGUCAAGGUCUCCACGGGCUGCUCCGGGAUCCUGGUGUCGCCCAAGCACGUGCUGACCGCCGCCCACUGCAUCCACGACGGCCAGGACUACGUGAAAGGCGUGAAGAGGCUGCGGGUGGGGCUUCUGAAGCUGCGCUCCAAACGCAGGAAGGGGGGCAAGGGGAGGGGGGGUGGAAGGAAGGGCCGGCGGAAGGGGGAGGAAGAGGGGGAGGAGAAGGGCAACGGCGGGGGAAAGGUGGAAGGAGAGGGUGAGGAAAAGGGCACGGGUGGGGGAAAGGGGGAGGGAGAGGGGGAGGAGAAGAGCAAAGGCAGGGGGAAGGGGGAAAGGCGGAGAGGGAGGAAGAACCGAAGCCGACGCAGCGCAGAGCCCAAGCAGCCCUCGUUCCGCUGGACGCGGGUGAAACAGACGCAGGUCCCCAAAGGCUGGUUCAGGGGCGUUUCCGACGAGGUCGCCGUGGACUACGACUAUGCCCUGCUGGAGCUGAAGCGGGCGCACCGGCAGCGGCACAUGGACCUGGGCGUCAUCCCGUCCGUCCGCAAGGUCCCCGCCGGCCGGAUCCACUUCUCUGGCUUCGACGACGACCGGCCCGGCCAGCUGGUCUACCGCUUCUGCUCGGUGUCGGAGGAGUCCGGAGACCUGCUGUACCAGUACUGCGACGCCCAGCCCGGCUCCAGCGGCUCGGGCGUCUAUGUGCGGCUGAAGGAGCCGGGGAAGAGGAAGUGGAAGAGAAAGAUCAUCGGCGUCUUCUCGGGCCACCACUGGGUGGACGUCAACGGGGCGCAGCAGGAUUACAAUGUGGCGGUGAGGAUCACACCCGCCAAGUACGCUCAGAUCUGCUUCUGGAUGCACGGGGACUCCAGCGAGUGCCGUGAUGCCUAAGGCCCAUCUGGAGCCCAGACUGACUCUUCUCCACCAAACGGUUUACCUCCCAUGUUCACCUGCCACUGAUGACUCCCUACAAUACCCAGACCCCACUCCCUGCACUCAAAACUGCAGCAAUCACUCCACAUUCCCACAUCCCUCAAACCCACAGUCUUCAGAGCCCCCCCACAUCUACAGUGCUAACACCCCCACACGCCUUGCAACGCACCUGCAAUACUUCACAGGCACCCAGCAGUCUUCAAACCCACGUCCCUGCAAGACCACAUAAGUUAUAGGGAAUCAUCAACAGAAAAAAUGCAAAGAAACUAAAGAAACUCUAUGGCUUUUCAGUUUUCCUUUUGUCUUUUUAAUUUAUUUAAUUAUUGAGCGAAUAUUUCAUUAAAAGCGGUAUUAUUAAAUAUAAAAUAUUUCAAGACGAAGUCUGAGAAAUAGAAUUAGUCCAGAACUAAUUUGUGUGUCUGUUGGGGUUAUAAGCAUUUGUAGAAAGUGUAUCUGUUGUUUAGGUGUAGCAGAUUGAUAUAAUCAGUGUUACUUUAUGAAUUUGGGGGUUCUUGUGUUUGGCUCAGCUGUAGAAGUCUUGACCUUGGAAUACAAUAAACAGUUUUCUACUUUUUUGUAUGACCCAGAAAAAAAACUUUUUCUGAGAAAUAAACACUUUGGUAUUAUGUUCUUUGGAGAUUCUGAAAGAACAAGGGUUUAUAUAUAUAUUUUAUACUUGGGUUGAGUUUAUACUUGUGUCUCAGAAUAAUUCCUUAUAAAUCCCUAUAUGUUUCUACCUUUUGUCAAAAUAUUACCCUGAGAUUACUAAAUGCUAAGUGGUUCCUGAAGGAAUCCUGUUGAUUAUGAUAUGUUUAUUUUUUCUCUACUUUUCUUCUUCUCUGUAUUAACCUUCAGUGCAGUGAAGUCUUGUCACUGUCAAUGCACAUACACAUAUUGGUGCUCAAUAUGAGGAGGGAGAUCCUUGGUGCUAAUUUAAUUUGAAAUUGUAAAGACUUGUUUGCAAAAUCUAUCAGAAUAUAUUGUUUGCUUAGUACUGUAUCAUUGUCUAAGUUGACGUUUUUUUUUAGUUUGAUAACUAUAACAUUAUUUUAAUUUAAAAUCAAUAAAUGAGGGUCAAAGUUGCAUUAUACAUCACUUGUAUAAUUUCAAAAACAAUUUUUGAAAAGAUUUUGAUUAGCUACAAAAUUUGAUAUUUUGAUGUUUGAUUUUUUUGAUUGGUUUAAUUGAAUCAUCUUUUGUAAAAUUAAUUUUGAUUGUUCAAUAAAUACAUUUGGAAUUCCA